AUGAGCUUUGGGUUACGCGAGGCGCUGCCGCCUACAGCAGGCUGCUGGGUCGCCCCAGCGCCGGAGUCACGUGUGGGCACUGUACUAUGGUGGUGGAUGAAUAAGCCGUUAAGCCUCGAUCAACCCUCUAUCGAUAAGCUCGGAACCUCUUUGGGCGCCAAAUUUCUUUCACCCCACCAAGAUGUCUACGCAGUGAGCACAUACCCAGGCAAGGCAAAGCUACGGCUUGAAAAUCCGAUAUUGUCUCUACACUGUCCAGAAGCCAUGAAGUUGGACACUAGAGCUCUGCGCCACUUGGCGGCGGAAGACUGGCGAGUUCUCACUGCUGUCGAGCUGGGUAGUAAAAAUCAUGAAAUUGUUCCUACAGCGCUUAUCGAACGAAUCGCGCGGCUGCGAGGUGGCGCAAGUGGUGUCCAUAAAAGCAUAUCUGCACUCGCCAAAGUCGGCCUCAUCGCCCGAGUCAAGGAAGCCAAAUACGACGGGUACCGGUUGACCUAUGGUGGUCUUGACUACCUCGCCCUUCAUACUCAUUCGAGCAAAAAGAUUGUAUACAGUGUUGGCAGUAGAAUUGGUGUCGGCAAGGAAAGCGACAUUAUGGUUGUCGCAGAUCACACUGGCACGCAGCAAGUCCUCAAGAUCCACCGACUUGGCCGGAUCUCGUUUCGAACAGUUAAAUCGAACCGCGACUACCUCAGAAACAAAUCUUCAGGCUCAUGGAUGUACCUUUCAAGGCUGGCUGCCAUGAAGGAAUACGCAUUCAUGCAAGCUUUACGCGAGGAAGGCUUUCCUGUCCCGGAGCCACUCGGCCAAUCGCGCCACACCAUCGUCAUGACUCUAAUCGACGCACACCCUCUCCGACAAAUAUCUGAAGUACCCAAUCCUGCAGCGCUAUAUUCUGAGUUGAUUUCUCUCAUUCUACGCUUUGCUGCGCAUGGUCUUAUCCAUGGAGAUUUUAAUGAAUUCAAUAUCUUGAUCAAAGAAAAUAGAACGACGAAUGAAGCCGGCGAGGAGACCGUUAUUUUGGAACCAAUUGUCAUUGACUUUCCGCAAAUGGUUUCUAUGGAGCAUCAGAAUGCUGAAAUGUAUUUUGAUCGCGACGUGAACUGUAUCAAGAGAUUUUUCCAGCGCCGCUUCCACUUUACGAGCACGCAGCCAGGGCCAUUCUUUAAGGAUGCUAAAAAGCGGGUUGGAAAGGGCGGCAAGACAAGGUUGGAUGCAACAGUGGAGGCAUCAGGAUUUUCAAAAAAGAUGUUAAAAGACUUAGAAGCGGCGAUCAGAGACAAAGAAGAGACAAGAAGAGACCAGAACUCGGAUGACGAAGACGAUGCUGAAGAGGACGACAGCGAAACUGAUGAGGAUGGCUCUGGUGAAGAGUCUGGCCCUGUCGUCAUUGGCGGAGUAGAAGAAAUUGCGGCGGAGGAAGUCAGCGAAAGCAUUGCCGAGUUACAAGUAUGA